AAGAAGAGAUCCAAGUGCAAAGUGUUCGCACCAAAAGCGAUAGCGAUGGCGGCGUUUUCUACUAACUGUUCAGUCCGACCUGACAAUCCUUCGCUUUCCUCUCAAUUUUCCUCUUUCUCUGGUCAGAAUCUCGGCUGGACGGUUCGAUUUUCCAGCAAGUUCUCCAGCAUUUCUCUAUCUUCUCCGGCCACAUUUCCGGCUACUCGUAGAAGAAUAUCGUGCCAGACCUCUUCUGCAACCUCAUCUUCUUCUUCCGUCAAUGGAAAAGCAAAAUCAGAGUUGAAAGAUUUUCUGCACAUUAAUGACUUUGAUAAAGCCACAAUUUUAAAGAUCUUAGACAGAGCUUUGGAGGUGAAGGCUCUUCUGAAGUCAGGAGAGAAGACUUAUCUCCCAUUUAAGGGGAAGACAAUGGCUAUGAUCUUUGCAAAGCCGUCCAUGAGAACACGGGUUUCAUUUGAGACUGGGUUUUUCUUGCUUGGAGGCCAUGCUAUUUAUUUAGGACCUGAUGAUAUCCAGAUGGGUAAGCGUGAGGAAACUAGGGAUGUUGCCCGUGUCUUGUCCCGUUAUAAUGACAUUAUAAUGGCACGUGUAUUUGCUCAUCAGGACAUUCUUGAUUUGGCUAAAUAUGCCACUGUGCCUGUUGUCAAUGGCCUGACAGAUUAUAAUCAUCCCUGCCAAAUUAUGGCUGAUGCCCUUACUAUAAUUGAACACGCUGGUCAGUUAGAAGGAACUAAGGUUGUUUAUGUUGGAGAUGGGAACAAUAUUGUGCACUCUUGGUUGUUGUUGGCAUCGGUUGUAUCUUUUCACUUCGUUUGUGCCUGCCCUAAAGGUUUUGAACCUGAUAAGAAUACAGUUGAGAGGGCACGACAGGCUGGUAUCAGCAAAAUUGAGAUUACUAAUGAUCCAAAGGAAGCUGUCAGAGGAGCUGAUGUUGUAUACUCAGAUGUGUGGGCCAGCAUGGGGCAAAAGGAAGAAGCUGCAUAUCGUCGUCAAGUUUUUGAAGGAUUUCAGGUGGAUGAAAAUCUUAUGAAGUUAGCUGGACCAAAAGCUUACUUUAUGCAUUGUUUGCCGGCAGAAAGAGGAGUAGAAGUGACUGAUGGAGUUAUCGAGGCUCCAAAUUCUAUUGUCUUCCCACAGGCUGAGAAUCGCAUGCAUGCACAGAAUGCUAUAAUGCUUCAUCUGCUUGGCGUGUGAUUGAGUACCAGCUUGGCGCUAAAUUAUAUUAUAGAAUUGGACUUUGGGAUGCAGUCCAAUUUAUGGUCUUCAAAAAUGCGUGUAGAAUUUUGUAGGUUGGCAUCCUACUCUCUCUAUGUUUCUAUUAGGCCUAUUAGGCAAGGAUUAAGAGUAUCUGUGGAAUUCUCAAACUGGAUUAUUUUGAACUGCUAGUAGUUCGAUAUCUACUAGAGAUAAACAUGUAUAUUAAGAUGUCGCACAUCAAUGUGUCGCUUUGUUAAUCUCAUUUUGCAUUUUGUGUAGUAAGAUUGAAUUAUCUUUUCCCAGCA